CAGGUGCUCGCAAUUGGUCUUGGUGGGCGUGGUCGUCUUGAAGAUGCCAUCCACCAACUUCGUGGAAUUCAUCAUGACGCGCUUAACUACAAGCCAAAUCUGGAUGAACUGGAAAGGAUUCACCAGGAGAUGCAGGAGAAGAUUUGUCUCGAGAAACAGAACAGAGGCAGAUAUUCUAUGGAAUCGCUUCGUGUUGGUUGGGAGAGUUUGAUUACAAGCAUCAAUAGAACGAUUAACGAGUUGGAGAACCAAAUUUUGAUGCGUGACAGCAAAGGUAUCUCUGAAGAGCAGAUCAAUGAAUAUCGCGCCUCAUUCAACCACUUCGAUAAGGAUAGACAAGGCCUCGACCCCGAACAGUUACGAGCGUGUCUAAUUUCCAUCGGUUACAAUAUUCGG